AUGUUCAACCGCGAUCGACUUCCAGGUCUUCCUGGUAGCUCCCCUCGACCACCGCCACGCAACGACGGUUACGGACGACCACCACAACAGCAACCACCACCAGGGCCUCCACGAGGACAAGACACAAGAAUGGCCGGCUAUGAUGACCGGCAGCCACAAGGCUAUGGUGCUCCACCACAGGGUGGACAGCGUAUGCCUGUGAGGGGACCACAGGGAGGUGGCGGGGGUGGACCUGCAAGACAGUUGCGGCCCAUCAAGAGCCCUGGAGGCAAUGCCUAUGCCUUCGGUAACAUUGUCGCAGUCUCCCCUCAAGACUUCCAACCAAACGCCGAUGGCUCCGACGUCUACAUUAUUCUCAACGGAAACUACGCCCUCUCUGCGCGGCCUACACAAGGAUGCAAUCCGGGUGAGAUCGGUCUCACCGACGCACAGCGAACAUGGGCCGGCAUAUCACUUGGUCCCCAGGAGAUUGUCACAGCAGCACCGUACGAUCACUUUAGUCAAAGCGGCGGAAAGUCAUACUUGGGUGCAGUUGAUGUGGAAAUCGGGUUUGCGGGAAGAAAGACCACCGAGACACCGUACGACCAGGACGAGCUCGCUAUGGUCUUCAAGAAGAGCUUCGAGAAUCAGGUCCUUGCGCCAGGCCAACAGCUCUUGAUGGAUAUCAAGAGUAUACCACUCAGGCUAUCGAUACGAACUGUCACGCUUGCGGAUCUGUCUAUGGAGAAAGAUGAGACGAAUGCGCCAUCCAUCACCGACCCGCGCGCUCGUGGAAUUCUCACAAGACAUAGUCAGGUCGACUUCUUUAAGGAUGCUCGAACAGAUAUCAAGCUGAAGGCAUCAGCGCGACGCGCAGCGGCAAACUCCAUCAUUCAGCCAGGUUUCAAGUUCGAGGACAUGGGCAUUGGUGGCUUGGAUGCUGAGUUUGGUGCCAUCUUUCGACGAGCUUUCGCUUCCCGUAUCUUCCCUCCAGGCAUUAGGGAAAGACUGGGUAUCGAUCACGUCCGCGGUAUGCUUCUAUAUGGACCUCCCGGUACUGGAAAAACCCUGAUUGCCAGGCAAAUCGGAAAGAUGCUGAACGCCCGGGAGCCCAAGGUCAUCAAUGGUCCCGAGGUGCUGAACAAAUACGUCGGAGCGUCAGAAGAAAACAUCCGAAAGAUGUUCGCGGACGCAGAAAAAGAACAGAAGGAGAAGGGUGACGAAAGUGGUCUUCAUAUCAUCAUCUUCGACGAACUUGACGCUGUAUGCAAGCAAAGAGGUUCUGGCGCAGGAAGCGGUACUGGCGUAGGCGACAGCGUCGUCAACCAACUGCUAUCCAAGCUCGACGGUGUCGACCAGCUACACAACAUUCUACUGAUCGGUAUGACGAACCGCAUGGACAUGAUCGAUGAGGCUCUUUUGCGUCCCGGUCGUCUCGAAGUGCACCUGGAGAUUUCCCUGCCUGAUGAGUCUGGCCGAGCCCAAAUCCUCAAGAUUCACACAACGAAGAUGCGCAAGAACAACGUUCUUGAGCAGGACGUCAGUGUCGAAGAACUGGCAAAGCUUACGAAGAACUUCUCUGGAGCCGAACUUAACGGUUUGGUCAAGGCCGCCACAUCUUACGCCUUUGGUCGACAUCUUAAAGACGGCACUACUGUCAAAGCAGACGUAGAAGAUAUCAAGGUUACUCGACAAGACUUUUUGAGCGCACUUGACGACGUGAAGCCGCUCUUUGGAGUUGCUGAGGAAGAACUCAGCAAGCGACUUCGACACGGCAUCAUCCACUAUUCGUCAUUCAUCAGGGAUAUACUGGAGGACGGACGUCUAUACAUCAACCAGGUCAGAAAACCGGAAUCUAGUCCGCUCCUUUCUGUUGCUCUACACGGUCCGCCAGGUUCCGGAAAGACAGCACUGGCUGCCAAGAUGGCAAUCGAUUCAGGGUAUCCAUUCAUCAAGUUGAUUUCGGCUGAAGAUAUGAUCGGUUACAGCGAGAUGCAAAAGGUUCAGCAACUUGACAAGGUAUUCCGAGACGCAUACAAGAGUCCAUUGAGCGUCAUCGUCAUUGACUCAAUUGAGUUGUUGUUGGACUGGGUGCCGAUUGGUCCUAGAUUCAGUAACAACGUUUUGGCUGCCUUGAAGGUUCUGCUUGGCAAGGAGCCGCCAAAGGAUCGCCGCCUACUCAUCUUCGCGACAACAACCGAACGCUCGGUACUCACACAGCUCGAUCUCUUCGCCCGGUUCGACGCCGAAAUCGCCGUCCCGAACGUCAACACACAAGCCGAGCUCGCAAAUGUCCUGCGGGAAUCCGGCGCCUUCUCCGAUUCUGAUCAACAGCGUGCCAUCAGUGAGAUCCAAGAAAUGACGGGUAACACUGAGAUCGGGGUUGGUAUCAAGAAAAUCCUCACCGGUAUCGAGACGGCGAAACAAGACCAGGAUGUACCUGGCCGCUUCGCUCGUGUCAUGUCUCGCGCCAUUGCUGCGAAUCGGGGUUCGAUAUAG